AUGAGGCAGGUGAGACUGGCGAGUCGGCGGGAUGGGGUCGCUGAGGUUAAGGAGGCGGAGCUGGUCGAGGGAUGCGAGGGCGUUGAUGGGGCCGAUAGGUUGUGGGAUCAGAGGACGAGGGUGGUAACGCGUCCGUUGGUGACGCGUCAAUUGUUUUGUGAAACAGGGACAGGGACACGAAGGGUUAACAUUAUAGUCUCGUGGUCUGCGGUCCGGGAGCUUAGCAUCGACACACGCAGGGUUAACAUACAAAUAGGGACAUUGAUGUCAUGCCCCCGUGUCAGGACGGCUAUGCUCAAGGCAGCCAUCCGAUCGACACUUAUCCACAGGCAAAAAGGUCACGUCAUUCGAGCAGGGCACGUUAACCCCAUAUCCACCCUCGACCCGAGCCUGGUCUACAAUAGCCACAGAUGA